AUGCAAGAUAUUACUUUCUGGGUUCGCCUUUCACAGUCAUUAGGAUACCAAGCAAAAGAAAGCUUAGAUUCAAGCCUGAAGUUUAUUGAAAAUAUUGAACUUUAUAUGAAUGACACCACAGAAAGAAUAAAAGAACUAGAAACAAAAGAUACUUUUAGUCUGUCUGAUUUUGAAACCUUUAAUGAGCAUAUUAUCCUUCUCUGAAAGACCUUAAAUAGAAAAAGGAGAGAAAUUUUAAUCCCAGCUGUUGAAUUUUGCAUGAGAAGAAUAAAAGAUUGAAUUCGAUUUUUAGACAAAGAAAAUUUUAAGCUUUCGAAAAAGAUAAAAGAAUUAAGACUGACCACAAUUAAGGAAAUAGUAAAGAAAAUCGACGAAGAAUCAUCCUCUAUAAAGUAUUCUGAUGAAGAAGAAAUAUUUUCUGAGUUAUACAAUUUGGCUGAAAAGUCAAUUGAUGUUUAUGAAUUGAUAUUGACCGAAAAACAUGAAAAAAGUAAAUUAAUCAAAACAGGAGACCGAAGUCUCUCAGAUAUAACAAUGCUUCAUCAGAAUUUGAUAUAA